AUGAUCGCGAGCCUGAAGCGGAAAAAAGGUGCGCAAAAUGCGGAUAAUCCGGAUGUAACGGCCCACAUCUCGGCCUGUUGGGCUUGGAUGACUGGGAUUUUGUCGUGGCAUUGGAGAUUUUUAAAUUUGCGAGCGAGCAGCGUUAUUGCUUUAAUCCAAUUUAAGAUUAAUGGAUUAGUUUCAUUAGGAUUAAACGGGAUAACACUUCUUUUACUCGUUGAAGAAGAAAAUGAAAAGCUUGAGGAGAGAUCCAUCUAUGAAAGAAAUGAUCGCUUGACGCUAACGAUUUUUUUAAGAUUUGAACCAAUCAAGAAAUUAGAACCGCCGGAACUCUUAUUAAUGAGAACAUUGCAAAAGGAAAUGUGGGCUGCAGCGUUGAAACGUGGCACUUGGUUCCGGGUUCCUCAACAUGACUAA